AUGCCUGAGCAUUUCGCAUGCUUCUGGGGGGGCCUCUUCUCGGGCACUUGCCCAGUGACAGUUGCAAUUCCGCCUGACUACACGGACGGUGCCCAUGCUGUAUGCAGCAAGAUUCGGAACGUGUGGCAUCUGCUGGAUCGACCACCUAUCAUAACAAUGGAAUCUCAUGUGGAGAAGCUGCAACAACUGGAUCUGUCCACACCCGACGUGGCAGUCACGGAGGUGCCGCUCCUGACCGUGGAAACGCGAAAGUCGCCAUCUGUGCUUGCCGCCGCAAGGGGAGCAGCAGCUGCAUCCUGGUCGCCCUCACCUGGAGAUGUGGCUUUCUAUCAGCUCAGCAGUGGAUCCACUGGAGUGCCAAAGUGCAUCCAGAUUGCCCACCGAGGUGUUGUGGCUCAUGUCCAAGCAGAAGCCCAAUUCUGCGGUUACGGGCCCGACGACAUUCACGUGAAUUUCCUGCCCUUGGACCACGUAGUGCCAAUCCUCACAGUCCAUUGCUGUGACGUUUAUCAUGGCUGCUGGGAGGUGCAGGCGGAGGUUUCCUGGGUCGUUUCUCAGCCGCUCCGAUGGCUGCAGCUCGUCCAAACACACCGGGCCACUCGGACAUGGGCACCGAACUUUGCGUUCAAGCUGGUGGCAGAUGCUCUGCGGCAGGAAAAGGAAGCUGAGAUGGACCUUUCCUGCUGUCGGUAUUGGAUGAAUGCUGGGGAGCAGGUGACGAUUCCAGUGUGCGAGGAUUUCCUAGAGCAGACCCAGCGCUUCGGUGUGCGCCGCGCAGCGAUGCAGCCCUCCUUUGGAAUGGCUGAGGCCUGCACCUGCAUGACGUACAACAACCGCUUCGAGGUGUGUGGCGCCAGUCGUUUGGGCCGGCCAACGUUCGUGAACCUCGGCCCACCUGUCCCGGGCAUCGAGAUCCGCAUCGCCGACGAUAAUGGCGAAACCCUCCCUGAAGAAGAGAUCGGCCGCUUUCAAAUCCGAGGUCCUGUGAUCACACCUGGGUAUUUGAACAACGAAGAGGCCAACAAAGAGGCCUUUGUGGGAGGUGACUGGUUCAACACUGGCGAUAUCGGAUUCAUCAAGGAAGGGCAGCUCUAUUUGACUGGCAGAGAAAAGGAAAUGAUCAUAGUGCGUGGUGCGAACUUCUACUGCUACGAGGUGGAGGACGUCGUGAACGCGAUGGAGCAUGUGCUGCCCACUUUCACGGCCGCAGUUUCCACCCAUGAUCCACUGUCAGGGACCGAAGGGCUCGCAGUUUUCUUUGUACCGCGGCCUUCCCUGGACGAAGAUGAUGUGGAGGAGGCGUCCCGUGGUGUUGUGACCCUGCCACAUCUGAUGCCCCAAAAGUCGAAACAAGAUAGUUGGACCAGUCAUUGCUGA